ACCCGCACGUGUCGCGGCACGGCAGACGGCACCGCCCUCCGCACCCAACCACAAUUCCUGCUCCGGCACCCCCUUCUCCACCCUUCUCUCCUCUCUUUCCCUCCCCCCUCGUCGCCGGCGAAACUCCCCGGAUCCAUCCGUCCCUCUGUUCCAUCGCCACCCUCUCCACCUCCAAGGGUUUAAUUCCGAGGGUGACUUUCCCAGCAUCUCCAGCCUGCCUCCGGCGUAAUUCCAUUCCGCGUCUUCGAUGCGUGGUGGGCGCAACACGAACUGCGCACAGACCACCGAGGGUCUUGGCGCACCGGUUUCUGGCCAGCCGGCUAGGAUGCAGCAGGUUCAGCACACGGUUCAGACGCACGGAUAUGGACUGGCCAGAAAGCACACAUACGACUGGGUCGUUCUUAUUCUCCUAGCCGCGGUCGUGGUCGUCUUGCAUUAUGCUCCCCCGUUUAACCGGUUCGUCGGGAAGGAUAUGAUGACUGAUAUUAGGUACCCGGUGAAACCAAGUACUGUGCCAGCAUGGGCUGUUCCUGUAAUCUCUAUGCUGUGCCCUGUGCUUGUCUUCAUAGCACUGUAUGUUGCUAGAAGAGACGUCUAUGAUCUUCACCACGCAACACUAGGUGUUAUUUUUGCUGUGCUGAUCACUGCCGCUUUCACUGAUGUGAUAAAGAAUGCUGUGGGGAGACCUAGGCCAGACUUCUUUUGGCGGUGCUUUCCUGAUGGAAGGCCGGUAUAUGAUCAAGUGACAGGUGGUGUGAUCUGCCAUGGCGAGAAAGGUUUCUUAACCGAUGGGCGCAAGAGUUUUCCUAGUGGACACACGUCGUGGUCUUUUGCUGGACUUGGAUUUUUGUCACUAUACUUAUCUGGCAAAAUUAAGGCGUUUGAUCGCAAAGGUCACGUGGCAAAGCUUUGCAUCGUGAUUCUUCCUCUUCUUCUUGCUUCGCUUGUUGGGAUUUCUAGAAUAGACAACUAUCGACACCACUGGGAGGAUGUGUUUGUCGGCGGCCUGAUUGGAUAUAUCAUGGCAGUGCUGUGCUAUCUGCACUUUUUCCCUCCUCCAUAUCACCAUCAAGGUUGGGGGCCCUAUGCAUACUUCCACAUGCUGGAGGAGCUUGAGGCAGGCAAUUCAAAUAAUGCACAAAACCAACAGUCUGCAGGUCAGCAUCAUAUCGGAUUGACCGGCCAACACCAUAACGGGAGAUCAAGAAAUGAUUUGGAAUCUGGAAGUGUGUAACUCACCCCUCUGUGGAACCGACUAGCGUACCUUGUACAGUAAGCAUGCCUUAAAAACUUCUUUAUGUGUGCACUUAGCAAGUAUUAGGUGUUUAGAACUAGAUAUGUGCUAUCUCCACCUCAGGUUUAUGCCUGUUCAUCUUGUGUACAAAGAUCACUCGCUCAGUAUAUUCUGACCUAGUUGUUCUAGGGCCACCUGUUGUAUCUAAAUCAUGUGUUAACAUCGUAGACCAUGUGAGUGGCCGGUGGAAGUACUGAGUACGAACUUAUUCCGCUGUUAAACAUGCACAACUGAGCGGCGA